AUGGCGCACCCAAAGCCCCUCCUCCUGUCGUCCAUAUGUCGCUCAUGCCGACGAUCCCAGCUCGCACGCACCCAAUCCCACCGCACCCUCUCCACCACCUCGACGUCUCAAGAACCAGAACGCCCGUCGAGAGGCGGCCUCGCCCAACGCUUCGGCAUCAAGUACAACGAUGACCGCACGCCCAGGACGCCCGUCGACCCCCUCGCCGCCUUUUCCGAAGUCCUCCAACCCCCGACCGCCACACCGACCAACAACGCCAUGCGCAACAGCAUGAAGAACGACCUCCGCACCAUUUCUCUAUUCGACGGCGAAGACGCCUCUUCUGCUUCGUCCGGCACCAGCACGGCGACCCGGGCCCCGAAUCCAUACCUCGACGAACCGUACCACCUGAACGUGUACGCGCACAGACACAACACACACAUCACAUUCACCGAGCCGAGCCGCAACCCGAUCCUCAGCCUGUCGUGCGGGAACUUGGGCCUGCGCAACGCGCAAAAGGCCUCGUACGACGCGAGCUUCCAACUGGCCGCGUACACGUUCCGCAAGAUGGCCGAGAAACAGUGGAAGAUUGGCGGCGCGAACUCCAAAAGCCCGUGGCUGACGCUGUCGAGCAUCAAGAAGCCCGCGUACAGCGGCUCCGCGGGCGCGGGGAUCGAGGUCAUCCUGAGAGGGUACGGCCCCGGGAGGGAGGCUUUCCAGAAGGCGCUCCUCGGGACGGAGGGGCGGAUGAUCAAGCCGCUGAUCUCAAAGGUCACGGACGGGACGAGGUUGAAGUUUGGGGGGACCAGGAGUCCGCAGGUUAGGAGGCUGGGUUAG